CUGGUUCACAACUACAGACAUUUCAACGGGCCCAUGCAGACAGCCUUUGAAUACUGUAUAGCCUAUAUAGAUAUUAUUUAGCUAAGGAAGUGGCUGAACAAAACUAAUCGGCGCGCACGAAUUUGCGAGAUUAAAAUGGAGCGAUUUGUCAUCAAGCGAUGUGUACACUGAAAAUCUGAAAGCGCACGGACUUGGCGCUGCCGCUUAUUUCAGUCUGUAGUAGGUAGCCUACAGUGCGAGUGAGUGGUCGCAUCAGAGCGCGCUCAGUGGGGCGCAAGCAUCGCAGUGAGCCGGAGUCCGGAGACCACUUGCACGUUUAUUUUUCGCCUUUCAGUGUUUUGUCUUUGUCACGGUGAAUUACCCAUACGCUACAGACGCGGGAACUGUUAUUUUUUGGUUUCGGUUCAUUAUUGUAACACUGGAGUACAUUUUGUGGGAAUUGUUACUCUGUGAAGUCGCUUGGAUGUUUACGUGGGACCACUUGCCUCUAAUGCUUCAAUGGAUUUUAGAGUGAAAGGAGUGGAUUUGUCCGGGAAAUAAAAAUUAUAAAUCGCUUCAAGGCUCUCAACGACGAUAUUGUAAGUAAAUAAGGAAGGGGAACGCGAUGAUUCUCGCAACUUUAUUCGUCGUGUUGCCUCUGCUGGAUGUGCUGUUGUCUGCCGAGGAGAGUAUGCUGUCCCGCUCGGGCCGGCUGGACUGCGUGAAGGCGAGCGAACAGUGUCUCAAAGAGAUGGGCUGCAGCACCAAGUACCGGACAAUGAGGCAGUGUGUCGCGGGGAAAGAGACCAAUUUCAGCAUGGUAGCCGGACCCGAAGCCCAGGACGAAUGCCGGAGCGCGAUGGACGCCAUCAAGCAGAGCCCGCUCUACAACUGCAGGUGUAAACGGGGCAUGAAGAAGGAAAAGAAUUGCUUGCGAAUUUACUGGGGAAUCUAUCAGACUUUACAGGGAAAUGACUUACUGGAGGAUUCUCCCUACGAGCCAGUGAACAGCAGGCUCUCGGACAUAUUCCGGUUAGCUCCCAUCAUAUCAGGUGAGCCCGCGGUGACGAAGGAGAAUAACUGUCUGAACGCGGCGAAGGCGUGCAACCUGAACGACACGUGUAAGAAGUACCGCUCGGCCUACAUCAGCCCCUGCACCAGCCGCGUCUCCACCGCCGAGGUCUGCAACAAGCGCAAGUGCCACAAGGCCCUGCGGCAGUUCUUCGACAAGGUCCCGCCCAAGCACAGCUACGGCAUGCUCUACUGCUCCUGCCCGCCCACCGACCAAUCGGCUUGCACCGAGCGCCGCCGCCAGACCAUCGUCCCCGUCUGCUCCUACGAGGACAAGGAGAAGCCCAACUGCCUGUCUCUUCAGGCCUCCUGCAAGACCAACUACAUCUGCAGGUCGCGACUCGCUGACUUUUUCGCCAACUGCCAGCCGGAGCAUCGCUCCCUGUCCGGCUGCCUGAAGGAGAACUACGCCGACUGCCUGCUUGCCUACUCCGGCCUCAUUGGAACAGUGAUGACCCCAAACUACCUGCGUUUCCCCCACAUCAGCGUGUCCCCCUACUGCGACUGCAGCAACAGUGGAAACAGCAAGGAGGAGUGCGAUACUUUCACCAAGUUCUUCACUGACAACACCUGCCUACGUAAUGCCAUCCAGGCUUUCGGCAACGGCACGGAUGUGGGAGUCUGGCAGCCGGCACCCCCUGUCCUGACCAGCGCCUUCACCUCCGCCCCGCCCCACAAAGGCAGGGACAGGUCUCCCAACACACUGGAUGCCCAGAACAACCCCCUCAACGCAGCCGACGGCUCGGUCUACCACUUCUGUGGGAGUCUACAGGCUCAGAAGCUGAAGUCCAACAUGUCGCUGGAAGCAGUCCUGUGUGUGGAUCCGCAGAUUGAUGACCCGAGUACCUCGAACACCAUCUCCAGGAACUGCUGCUGGCAAAGCUCCCCUCCCAGCCUGUGCUCUCUGCUGCUCACGCUGGCCGCAGUGUGGUACUGCACCCCGGAGGCUCUCUCUUCUCCGCAGCUCUUGUAGCUGCACCGGUCUCACUCAUGGACAGGCACAAAUUUGUACAGAAUUCCUUUCUGUUCCCAGUCACCCGUUGUACUUCUUCACAUAUUUUUUAUUUUUUUAUUUUCUCGAAUUCUCUGGUUUUAGAGGCUAAGUGGAAGCUGUGUGCUAAAGUGGUCUCUGUGUUGCUGGAUUGUCUCUCUCUUUAGGUUUUUUGCCUAUUGUUAUUUUCAUUUUUAUGUUUUGAAGGAAAUGCUCCUUCAGUGUUUAGCGCUAAAGUGAAUAUUUGAUGCGUUGCUACAUUCCAACACACAAUGGCUGCUGGACAUGUGGACUUUUUAGGAGGAAGUUGGAGGGUAAGGGGACAGGAAGCUGUAAAAUAAGUUCUGAGUACAAAGGAGGCAGUUUUUUGAGUGUUGGGAAAUCUUACAUGUGGUGUCUGUGUAUUUUAUCAAACAGUAUCCACACUGGGAGAGGAUGUGGAUGAGGAUGAAGGUGACUGGGUAAAAUGGGGUGGAAGCUGUGGAUGGGCAGAGAGGGAAAAAGGUCAAAGGUCGAUUGGAUCCCUCCUCUCUCUUAAUGCUUGGCAGACUUACAACUGACCUGAUCUAACUUUCUCUACUUUUAUAAUUGACAAAGUAAUACAAACUCCUGCUGCUAACUACAUGUUCAGGGGCAACAUGUCCUCAACAUCAGUGGAUACAUAUCACUAACUCACGGCACAGAGUACACAAAAACCAUGCACGCGAACGCGCGCACGCGCACACACACACACGCACGCACGCACACACACACUUGAUUUUGACAAGGCUUCUUUCUGGAGGCAAUACCCUGGAAGCCAGGAAGCCAGUAACUGUGAUAUUUAGCUUGUCUCAACUAGCUGUUAUCUUGCAGAUAUGUUUUAUUAUUUUUUAAAGUUAGGAGUUAGAUUGAAUUGCUCCAUUCAGUAAAGCGUAAUAUUGGUCUGUAAUGUUGGUGCAUUUCAAAUAAUUUUGUUAGUGCCGCUUGCACAUCUAUAAUUCUCUACGAAGACCAGAGCGGACAAAUGAUAUUGGUCUGGUAAAGUGUUCUUGUGGCUGUUAACUUACAACCAUACGCCACAUCUGAUGAAAUUGGACGUGGAUUCACAUAUUGAACUCUGUUUUUUUAGGAUAUAAUUGCACAUAAUCACACACUACAGCCAAACUGGCAUUUGUCUUUGUAUUGCCUUCAUAAUAAAAUCCUCAAUUGGUUUAAAAAGAGCUCUGGACGACGUUUGAAAUCUGAUUCCAGUGUAAAACAUGAAAUGUAAGUCUUGUAAGUAAUUUGUUAUCUUUUUGUAUGUUUGUUGUGUGUCUAUCCAGAAAAUUGCUGAUGUAACAAUUACUUCUCCAACAUACUAACAUGCAACGUAAAGAAAUGGUGGGGAGUUUGCAAACAUUAGCCAGUUUAUUUGAUGAUUUUAUGAUCACUGACUGCCUAUGAUGAACAGCUACCACCCUUUCGCCCCAUACACAUCGCAUGUGCAGUGAAUAUCAUUGUCAUCACACACAAACUUGAUUGUUUAAACUGUGCUGCUUUUGUUUCUGUGGCUUUUAAGAAACGUGUAUAUUGGUCCAUGUUACACAGCUACCUAACUUUGUUCAUUUACAUUUACAGGGCAUUAUACAAUAUAAUGUGUGUGCUUAAUUAAUGCGGAUGGGGAAAGCCAUCUCAGUGUUGUUGCUAAUGAGAACACAGUUUGUGUGACUGGGAUUUAGUAUUUUCUUGAGAAAUAUAUAUAUAAAUAUAUAUAAAUAUAUAUGAAAUUCAAUCUGGCUUAUCAAUUUAUCUGUCGUGACAGAUAAAGAAACUGCAUUUUUUGACAUUGUGCUAAAUAUUUUUCAUCGGAGUACAAUUAAUGUAUUCAUUCAUGAAGGACAUUUUGAGGUCGAGUUGAAACCUUUUUUUUUACCCCACUGUAGCAGUCCCACUAUUUUUUUUUUUAAAGAAAUAUUGUACCAUAGUUCCAGUUUUCGCUGUUGCCUACGUGGCGUUUUGCUUUAUGGUAAAUACCCAGUUAUUUUUUAUAUUUCUUUCAUCAAUACCUUAAUUUAUUGUUUUAUCCUCUCCCAUGCGUCACAGAGCACAGAAUUGUAUAUGGAUAAAGUUAUAUGAAUACUGCAUGGAGAAUUAUUAAUGCAAAAAAAGCUUUCUGAAUUAUUUGUUUAACCAAUUAGAGAAGAUUUUUUUUAGUGGGCAGCCAAACAAGUGGUUUUAUUCGCAGUGUUUUUGCAGUGUCAAGGGUUGGGGAGUUUUGGAGGUUUCAUGGGGCAACUUUGGUAGUAGCGGUGGAAUCUCUGGCGGGCCUCUGGAGUGGGGGGGGUUCAUGUUUGUUAGGGAGAUGGGGGGGGGUGUUGGUAGGGAGAGCAGGAAAGCAGCAAGCAAGGGAAAAUGAGCAGUUUAAGACCCCAGAAAGUGAAGCACUGGGUCAAAUCAUUCAAUAUUUAUAUCCUUCCAUAUGCAUUGAUUUGGUUGUUAAAAGGGGGAAAAAUAAAAAAAAAUGUUUAUACUUGCAAAACAACUUCACCUAUUGGCCACAUAACUUCUUAGCUUGUGAAAAUGUACAAUCUAUUCUGUAAAAAUGAUCAUUAAAAUGUUGAUUCAUCCAA